AUGGCGAAGGAAAGAUUUACAAUGCUUCUUUCUGAACCGGGAGAAAUAUUUUUUGAGGAUUAUAGCGUCCAGAUGAGAAGACCAGAUGCUUUAUCUGAGGAGAAUAAAAAAUGGAUAGAUGGAAGACUGAAAUUGUGCUCGAAAUCUCUGGUUUUUGCAAAUAAAGAUAUAAAUCAGCCGCUAAUCAAGAUUCAAUUUAAAGAAACCGUAUCUAUUGAGCAGUAUGUAUUUACUAAAGAAGUAGGUGAUAUACUGUCUGUGGAGUGCAAACAAUAUGUGGAAAUGUUGGAGAAAAAUAUAUUAGCACCGUACAGAUUUGUACAUCAGUAUAGUGUGUUCCACUUUUGUUUUAAUUACACGAAAAUAGAAGAUUGCCUUCCACAAAUUUUGCAGCUGCAUAGAGCAGCAAGUUUAGCAAAUGCAGAACAAAAUGCUAUGAUUAUGGCUAUUGUGCACUCCAGGCAAUCGGGUGUAUCCUUUGACAUGUCGUGGCUCGAAGAUUUAUACGAGCAAGUAGUCCUGGAAACGCAAGCAAACCAAGUGUUACCGCUUGUAAUCAAUCCUGGAAGAGUAUUAUUGACUACAGCCAGAAUUUAUUUUCAGCCUUACAAUAACACCGACCAGCACCCCGUUCUCAAGAUCCAACUGAAAGAUAUACGAAGUAUUAUAAAAAGAAGGUUCAUAUUACGGCAAGUGGGUCUCGAGAUUAAGUGGAUACGACAGGUUGGCGGUAAAAGCGAAUACCUAUUUCUGUCAUUCCAAAAUCAGGAUAAAAGGGACAAGCUGUAUGAAGAUUUGUCUAAGCAAUCGGCAAUUUCCCUAGAUACCGUACCUCAAAAUCAAAUGUUGCUGAGAUGGCGCAAUGGAUACUUAUCGAAUUACGAUUACAUUCUAUACAUAAACAGUUUAGCGGAUAGAACGUUUCACGAUCUGACGCAGUACCCAGUAUUUCCUUGGGUUAUACGGAAUUACAUUUCCACGACAUUAGAUUUAAAUGAUAUUAAUGUUUAUAGAGAUCUGUCGAAACCCAUUGGCGCGUUAAAUCCUACCCGUCUGGAGAGGCUAAAGGAGCGAUAUUCGGAAAUGUCUGACCCAAAGUUUUUAUAUGGUUCUCAUUACAGUGCACCAGGCUUUGUAUUGUUUUACUUAGUGCGAAAAUAUCCCCAGUAUAUGCUUUGUCUGCAGAAUGGAAGAUUUGAUCACCCAGAUAGAAUGUUCAACAGUAUAGCUGACGUAUGGAAAAAUGUUUUGGUGAACAUGUCUGACUUUAAAGAACUGAUACCGGAGUUUUACGACACAAGCAACGGUGGUGACUUUCUAAUUAACAGUUAUGGUAUCGACUUUGGUCAUCGACACGAUGGUGCCAAAAUAAACGAUGUACAGCUUCCUCCUUGGGCAGAAAGCCCAUCUGAUUUUAUAAAAAAAUUAAGAGAUGCCUUAGAAAGUGAAUACGUUUCGCAAAAUCUUCACCAUUGGAUCGACUUGAUCUUUGGAUAUAAACAAAGAGGAGUUGAAGCGGAAAAGGCUGAUAACGUAUUCUUCCAUUUAUGUUACGAAGGGGCAGUAGAUUUAGAUACUGUACGAGACAUAAAUGAUAGACACGGGCUCGAAGUGCAAAUCAUGGAAUUCGGCCAGAUACCAAAGCAAGUCUUCACUCUACCUCAUCCCAAACGACUAACGUCGACUGUGAAUUUAACGCAAGCCGCAGCAUUAUUGUCAUUGCCCGAAAUAACUGACGAAGGCAAUGCAUGUGUAAAGGAAAGAUCAUUUAAUUUCACAGAAUUAGUAGCUUUUCAAGCACACAAGAGCUGCGUUAGCAGUAUCGUGCAAAAAAAUACGAGCUCGUGUAAUGAAAUCAUAUCAGUAGGGCAGGACGGGAUGCUUAAAUUAUAUAACAUAAGCGAGAGGAAAGCGACACGUAGCGUUAAGUUGUCCUCGUUGUCUUUGUCGUCAUGCAUCUCGUAUUACACACCGUCGCAACGUAACAUUCUCGUAGCAGGAUCUUGGGACAAUACCUUAAUAUUCUACGACAUAGAGUUCGGUAGAGUAAUCGAUAUCCUGCAAGGACACGCGGACGCAGUGUCUUGCUUAGCGUGGAACUCCGCUCGUCAGGUCAUUGUAUCCGGAUCGUGGGACUGCACGGCGAAAAUUUGGCGCGGAUAUACUUCUGGCACGAAGAUCAAACCCACAGAAUGUUUUAUCGUGCAACUGGAUCACGAUUCCAAAGUAACUUGUAUCGAUAUAUCCAGAGACGAUGCCAUGUUAGUGUCUGGUACCGAAGACGGCGAAUUAUGUUUGUGGAACAUGGAUACUUAUGAUCUGCAAUAUACUAUCAAAGGCCACACUUGUAGAAUAAACGCGGUAACAUUCGAUAAACAGUGCAGCAGUGUGAUAUCGUGUGCCGAAGAUGGGGUAUUGAAUGUAACGGAUGUUCGAACAAGCACGCAAAUAUAUUCCGUCAGUUUGGAAAACGAGCCGCUCACGGUAACGUGGAUGGGACCACUCCUGUUGAUAGGAGACAACGAUGGAAACGUUCACAUAUGGGACUAUCGGAAGACCGUGUUUGUUAAGCAAAUACAUUGUCACGAUGAGUCACUUUCGGCCUUAGCAGUAGCAGCUGAUAAUAAUUUGAUAAUAACCGGUGGCAAAGACAAGAAAGUCAUUGUAUGGAAAUGUCAUAAUUAAUGACACAGUAUUUUCUGAUGUAGGAUAAAGGAGAUUUCGCGUUAAAGAGAGAGUAGGUCUAAUAUCUUUUUUAGCAAUAUACUAGUAGUUUUAUUACAAUAAAAUACCUGUUGUAUAUAUAUAUAUAUAGUAUAAUAGCAGACCCUAUAUUUAUAUCACAAAUUCCUGAAUUGCAGAAAUAUAUAAUUUAUAUUUAACAAAAGCGCAAGAAAGAAAAUUUGUCUUUAGGCGUUUUACGUCGUCCAGGAUCUCCUCUUUUCUUUUUUGCGCAACAUAAAUAUACAUUUGCACUUUAAAUAGAAGAAGUACAAUUAUAUACAUCAGAUGUUUGUUUUCCUCAAUAAAAUGCAGGUUGUCACACUAACAUUAAAUUUUUAAUGUAAUUUAUGUAAUGUAUGUAUGUAGUGAUAUGUAAUGUUACAUUCCGCUUUCCCUUUGCAAAGUAAUAUUUUUAAGCUAUGCGUUAAUCAGUCUUCCUAUCGUAAUGAAAAGAAUUCCACCAUGCGAAGGAACCAUCACAAUAUCUAUGUGUUUCAAUGUGCGAAUGAUUAUGUUUCAAUGUACGAAUGAUUGUUACAAAAAAUGAGCUAAAUAAAAAAAGACAGUAAAUA